AUGAGCCUUCACCUCCGGCUGCUCCUCCACUUGGCCGCGAUCGGCUCGAUCUAUUGUGCUACCAUCCCGAAUCGGGAUACGCGCCAAGCCCGCAACUACUCGGAAGAAGAUGCCGCCGUCAACGGGCUCAGGGUCUUCUUCAUCUUCAUGUUGCUGUGUCUUUUCAUCUGCUUGCUGACGCCGGCCUGCUAUGGGGGUCACUACUACUACUGCAAUCAUUAUUGCCCAUCCGGCCCGGUGGUGGUGGCCGAACCUGUUGGCCAGCCGGUCUACGUCCAAUACCCCCCGCCGACAUACGCCAACUAUCCUCCACCCCCACAAUACGCCAAUGCUCCUCCUGCUCAUCCUCCCCCUCCUGCUCCUCAGCAGCCAUCGACCCGCCAGCAACAGCCCCAGCAGCAUCAGCCCAGCUCCUCCGAUCGC